CCCGUCCCGGGCCCGCCCGGGGUGCGCGGGGGCGGCUCCCGGCGGCCCUCUCCGCCGGUUGCCAUGGUGCCGCGGCCCGGCGUGCUGUGGGCAGUGGCGGCGGCGGCGCUAGCGCUGCUGGUCCGGCGGGCGGCGGCGGCGCUGGCGGGGCCGGUGGUCCGCUGCGAGCCUUGCGACGCGCGGGCGCUGCAGCAGUGCAAGCCCCUACAGCCCGACUGCGCCGAACGGGUGCGGGAGCCGGGCUGCGGCUGCUGCCUCACCUGCGCCCUGCGCCCGGGGCAGCCCUGCGGCAUCUACACGGAAAGCUGCGGCGUGGGGCUCAGCUGCCAGCCGCGGCGGGAAGAGGCGCGGCCGCUGCAGGCGCUGCUCGAGGGCCGCGGGCUCUGCACCAACGCUACGGCGGGCAGCAAGCUGCGGGCCUUCCUGCUGCCGGGACCGCAUGCUGCAGGAAAUUUCAGUGAUUCAGAAGAAGACAGGAGUACCAGCAGCGUCGAAAAUCAGGCCAUUCCAAACUCUCACAGGGUGCCAGAUUCCAAGUCACAUCCACCACACAUCAAAAUAGAUAUCAUCAGGAAAGUGCAAGCCAAAGAUUCACAACGCUAUAAAGUCGAAUAUGAUUCACAGAGUACAGAUACAUUGAAUUUCUCUUCUGAAUCCAAACAAGAGACUGAAUAUGGUCCAUGUCGUAGAGAAAUGGAAGACACUUUAAACCACCUAAAGAUACUGAAUGUCUUGAGUCCCAGGGGCUUUCAUAUUCCAAAUUGUGACAAGAAGGGAUUUUACAAGAAAAAGCAAUGUCGCCCAUCUAAAGGCCGAAAAAGAGGUUAUUGCUGGUGCGUGGAUAAAUAUGGACAGCCACUUCCUGGGUAUGAUGGGAAGGGAAAAGGAGAUGUCCACUGCUAUAACUUGGAAAGCAAAUGAGGGCUGGGCACCAGCUUUUCUGGCUUCUGUGCAUGGCCACUGGACCUAACAGAGACCUUGGAGGGGCUGGGCAAACACUGUGGGACUGCACUGUGUGUGGAGUAACAAGAUCUGCCUCCUGCAGCAGAUGGGGAGUUGCAGCCUCUGUGGAUUCUGCUGCAUUUGCACCCUGCGACCAACACAUAUCAAGCUUCCUAUGGGAUGUGUAGGGAGCUCUGAAUUCCCAUGUAAACCUGCACUAUUGAUACCCAGAGAGAGAAAAACAAAAGACAUUUCAGAAUGGAAUCAGGGAGUCUCCACUGACUUUUUAAAGAAUGGCCAGUGACCAAUUUGAUCCCAAAAGAUACUGGGUUUUUUAUUUUAAUGAAUUUAUAGACGUUAAGCUUGUAAAAGUAUUAAAAAGAAAAACAAAACCAAAAAACACACAUGGAUUUAAAGGUAAAGCUUUUUUUACAGGUCUGAUGGGAAACUUGUCUUCAUGGGUAAAAAGUUUUAUAAAAAUGUCAAAGAACUUUUUAAAGAAAUGUAUUCCUAAGAUAAAGACAUGGCUAUUUUUUUCUGUAAAAUAUAUUAUGAAUAUUCUGUUAGUCUGUAUUUAAUAUAAUUGGUUUUUAAUAAACUUUAUUUAAAUGUAACAUGUGAAUACCAAAUAUUACACAGUAAUUCUAGUGUAUACAUGUGUAUGCAAGGAGAAAGUAAGGUUAUGGAAUGAUUUACAAAUAUGUUUAAGACUCUAUGCAUACACACUGACCUAUUCCAGGUAAGAGAAAUGACUUUUUGGAGCAAAGGAAGUGUUUCCAGAAGGGAUUGAGUUUUAUUAUUUGAUAUAACUACAAAUGUCAAGAUAGUAUUUUCUUUAAAUUAUUUUAUUGAUAAUUCUAAUGUGCCCAUCACUGAAUUAUGCCACUGAAAAGGAUAACAAUCGUACUGAAGCUCUUGGUAAAGCUUUCAUCUGUCUGUACGUUGCUUCAGUUUGUGCAACAGGGCUUACAUUUCCUCCAUUUACUGCUCACACUAAUAUAGAAUAUUCGUGGACAAAAAAUUGCUAUUACAGUACUACUCUUUGUAUUUGCUUAUUUAUUUUGAAAAGGUGUAUCUAUUCUGUGUUGUCUUGGUACAUUCUACCAAAGCACUUACUCUGUAUGAGGAACUCCUGUUGAAAACAAUGUCAACAAGAUGGGGAGAUUGUGGACCCUGGGUGUUGAGACCCAUGCGUUUCAUUUAUGCGACACACAAUUGUUGCUUGUUUUGACUAUGGUAGAAAUCACUUGCCUGCAUCUCAGCAUAGAAAAAGAACCAUUGGGUUUAAAUAGUUAAAUUCACUGUCUGCCUUGUUGUUACAUGUCUUUUUAUUUGGAAGAGAAGUGAUUCAGUUUUGUUGUGGUAUGUGAUGCUUUCACAUAAGGAAAGCUUUGGCAACAUUUUUUGAGGUUGAUUGUUUAAUGUACUUUGUGAAAAAUUCUGUAUGACAAUGAAAUCUGGAUAAGGAAGGGUGGCCUGUGAAAUGUAUCAUCUUUCUGAAAAAUAAUGCCAUAUUUUGUAUAUGUAUUUAUUUAUAUAUUUUAUAUAAAUAUUUUAUAUAUUUAUAUAAUAUAUAUUCUUAUAUGUCUCACUAUAAAUGUUUGAUGUCACUUUAGAAAAAAGAAGCCAUCAACACUGUAAUUUCUUGUUGGGUUGGGAACUCCAUGAAGACUAUGGACAUUGGGUUUUCACCUGCUGGGGCUAGGCAUUAUGUUGAUGGAGGAGAGGCUGUGGUGCUGAGGAGCCCAUUCCUCUCCCACUGCAUGAAUUACAACCAUCCUUGUUCCUGCCAGCAAAGGCAAAUGUCUAGAAACUCUGACAUGGAAGGAUUUGGACAUGCAGCUUGCCAGGAUUGCAGCAGCCCAUCACCAUAACUCAGAUGUUUAAAGCCUUAUCCUGAAAUGUAUUAGCUGAAUGGCACUAUGAGUGUUCUCCACAUCUUUCCAAUUUCUGCCUAAUGAAAUUAGUUCAUAUCAUCAUUAAAACUGAAAUUUUAUAAUCUCAUGGUAAGAAAAAAAUUGUACAUGAAAUGAUGUUUACUCCAGGCUAAUAGAGGUUUCCUGACACAUUGUUACAGAAAGCUUUGUGAGGUGAAGAUUUAUUGCGAUAUUUUUAUUGCUAAAGUGGAUCUAAUGCCUGCAAAGAUUUGUUGGCAAAAUAAUAAAUGCUAGGCUUUUAUUUUUUUUAA